AUUUCGGAAACCACUCGUAAGCUUCGUUUGUAUUAUUCUGCUCCGUCGCAAUGAAUAAGAACAAUAAGAAAAGUGACGUUUCGUGGGUGAAACCAGCCGAACCGUCUUUUUUAAAGAAAUUUAAAACUGAUGUUGGAUUCAAGGAGGGACCGACCGUCGACACAAAGCGUCAACCGAUGCCAACACUAGAUGAUGACAGCGGAAGUGAUCACGAUGAUGAGUUGCCACAAGUUGUUGUUUUGAAGAAGGGAGACCUAAGUGCAGAGGAAGUGAAGAAGAUAAAAGAUGGCACACAUGGUGGUAGUAAAGAGAAAGAUGAUGAACCUCCUCCUGAUGGUAAAAUCCUGUUCAAAAAGCCAGCCAAAAGGUCAUCCUCAGACAAGUUCCAGGGAAUCACUGCCAGCUCCAGCAAAAAGAAGAGGAAUGAAGGAGGGGAGAAGGAAGAGACAAAGGAGAAGCUUGGAAAGAAAGUGAAAAAUAACAGCCUCCUUUCAUUUGGAGGAGAUGAGGAGGAAGAAGAGGGGUAAAUGGUACUUUACUGUGAAGUGCAGACUUUCAUUAACAGUGGACCCCUUUUGUAUCUGUUCCUGGUGGCUUCCA